AUGAUUAAUGAAGCUGGCGGUGAAGAGGAGAUGGAUAUUACAGAUUUGCCAAUUCGCUUACAAGAGUAUAUCAGAGGGAUUAAGGAUGCUGCUGAUAGGCAAUCAAAUGAUGUGAUAAGGAAUGUGAGUUUUGCGCUCGACCGACGAAAGACAACUAUGGCUUUAAUGUGGGCUAGGGAAGAAGUACUUGUUAAAAGUGAACAAGAAUUUAGACGAAUUUUUCAAACCUUCACCGAUAGGUUUUUAUCCACUAGCAGUUGUUUGAUAGAAUUUUGUGAUGAGUUGAAGUAA